AUGUCGAUUGUCGGUUCUGUGAAACCACUCGCCGGAAAAUUUGACUCUGAUCAACGAAGCGCUGUCGAUUCGCUCAACGGACACGAAGAUGUGAAUUUGAUUUGUGAAGCCCAACUGAACGCCCACAAUAUCAACGCCCGUCUUCAAGGUCUAUCACCCGUACAAGCGGAACUCUACUUGAAAACUUUAAGCAAGAAUUUGUGGAGAGAAACAAGCGGCUUUGCUUUUGAUUUCUUGGUGCUUUUCUUCGAUAUCCAACCGACUUUUCCGAUAAUCGCUCUACGAUAUCGAGAGAUUUUCGCGUUUAAGCCGUUAAUCGGAUUUUAUUAUAAAUAUCAGUUUCCCGAUAAAGAAUACCUUCAACCCGAUCCACAAAUCUCAGUUUAUUUUGCGCCAAGCGUCAAUCCGUUCAUUUUUGUACAGUUUUUGGCUCCAUUAGUCUCAACAGCUCCCCCUUUGAUGCUUGGAUGUUUCGCUUGUUUGGAUUUCCGCUUACCGUAUGAAUAUUUCAACUCGUUCAUCCCGAUUCUCUUCAGCUUAAACACUUAUUGGAUCUCUUUCACGUGUAUCUACUUCAAUUCAUUGUAUAGAAGUUAUUUCUUAAGAAAAGUCUUACGAAUCUCAAGGAAUGGUGAGACAACGUUUCAUCAAACGACGGUUAGUGUGUUGCCAUCCACACAAUUUAAAUCGACUGUAAUCGGAAAA